AUGUCAACUUAUCAAUCGACAAGUCAAAACGAGGUUGAAGGUGAUGCUGAUGCUGAGCAUGAAGCUGAUCAUUCAGUAUCUCCUUCUCACGCAAGAGUAUCGAGUAAUACAGAAGCAAGUAGCUCUGACCUUGAAAGAGAACCAUUGAUAGAAAGGCAGCCGCAAUUUUUGGACCCUGACGAUCCUAAGGUGUCACCUCUUAAUUUAAAAUAUGUAAAGGUUCUCAGGUUUGUACUAGUUAGUUUGGUAAUUUUCAACACUUUUAUAUUCUUCGGAAUUCUCUUGUCGGAUUUCAUUGCCAUACCAGGUUUCAAUAAUAGAGGAAGGUCAUUUUUGGAAAUGGAUUUGAUGUUAUUAAAUAUUUUUAGUUGCUUGAUAACCCUAUGGUGCUUCGUUGUCCCUGCUUACUAUGAGAGGUUGCUAGGUUAUGUGAGCUCGACAUUGAUAGCAAUUGACAUUAUUGUUGUUUUGAGUGUUCCCUACAUUAGGGGUCAAUUCGGUUUUUUUGGUUUCUUCAUUCUUUUAUGGACAUUGUUAAAUAAUUUGUUCAACUGUUACAUUGACUUCAAAAUUGAGUCAGGAAGGAGGUAUCAAGAGAUAAGGUUCACGGGAAGAGUGGAGAAAAGGAGAUCCGUAUCGGAGCUUUUGGUUAUGUUUUUAAAAAUAAUUGCUAAAGUGUUUUUAUUGUGGGUUAUUUGGGAUAUUAGUUUGAGUAUUUGGUUACAGUCUUUUGAUUCACAUGAGAAGCCAUGGGGCAAAAUGGUUUCAGUUCAAGAUAAUGAGCUUAAAGUUCAUCUCUCUUGCUACGGAGACCUUUCGUAUAACGCUUCGAGUCAACCCAUUGUCCUCUUAGAAGGAGGACAGCUUACAUCUUCGGAAGAAUUUCAAGAAUGGGUCGAGGAAUUAUAUCAAUUGAAUAAACUCGACAGAUAUUGCAUAUGGGAUAGACCAGGAUAUGGCUUUUCUGAUAGCGCUCCAUCGCCUGUAUCCAUUAGCUUGAUCACUGAGCACUUAGCUGAAGCAUUGAGAAAGGAAAAAAUCGAGGGACCCUAUUCUUUAGUUGGCUUUGAUAUAGGUGGUCUAUAUUCUAGAAUGUUUGCGUCAAGAAAUCCGGGAAGAAUUCACUCGAUUCUAUUAGUUGAUAGUUGGCAUGAAGAUUUAUUGAGAAAGCGGCCAUUUGCAGGGCAUAAGAAUGAGGGGAAAAAUGUAUUCAAAAACAUAUUGGAACUAAUGGAUACUGCAACUGGGUUCAAGCUAUGGCUUAAAGGGCUUGUAUCACCGCUAGGAAUAACAACAAGCAUUCAUUGGUUUUUCCAUCCCAAGAGAUAUUCCUCUAAUUCUCGAAUAUUUGGUCGCGAUAUGUAUCACCUGUCGAAGUAUAUCAGAGCUCGGCUUCAAGAACAGAUAACAUCAUCUAUUUUAUCCUAUAACGAACUUAAAGGUGCAGAUAUCAGUAAUGUUCCAUUAGGUGUCAUAUCUUCAGAUUAUGUCAUAAAAAGAUCUUCAAAUUGGGGGAAAUGGCAAAGAUCAUUAACGAAGCUUAGUAGUAAGGCAUUCGAGUGGGUAAUCGCCAAAGAAAGUCAACACCUUAUAUGGAAAAGUCCUCGCGGUAGAGAGCAACUACAAGAUCUUCUUCUCCGUCUAAUUUCCGGCGACAGCUAG